GAAACAUAAAUAUCUCUCUUAAAGAAAAAACAUAAAUAAAAAUCACUGUCUCGGAUCUAAUUAAAUUAAAAUCUUAUUAUUCAAUAAUAAAACGCAGCUUCUUCUUCUACCCACAAGGCGAAGAAACAAUUUUCCGAUCGGUGUCACAAAAACUGCAACGAAACCCUAAUUCUCGAAAUUCUCAGAAAGAGGAAAAAUGGUUCUCGCACAAUUAGGUGGUAGCAUUUCGCGUGCUCUUCAGCAGAUGAGCAAUGCGACAAUCAUCGAUGAAAAAGUUCUCAACGAUUGUCUCAAUGAAAUCACUCGCGCUCUUCUUCAAUCCGAUGUUCAAUUCAAGCUUGUUCGUGAUAUGCAAACCAAUAUCAAGAAGAUCGUUAAUCUUGAUGAUCUCGCUGCUGGUCAUAACAAACGCAGGAUCAUUCAACAAGCUGUGUUUAAUGAACUCUGCAAAAUCUUGGAUCCUGGAAAGCCCGCUUUCGCUCCCAAAAAAGGAAAAGCAAGUGUUGUCAUGUUUGUUGGUUUACAAGGAUCUGGGAAAACCACUACUUGUACAAAAUAUGCAUUUUAUCAUCAAAAGAAAGGCUGGAAGCCAGCUCUAGUAUGUGCUGAUACAUUCAGAGCUGGUGCGUUUGAUCAGUUGAAGCAAAAUGCAACUAAAGCCAAGAUCCCUUUCUAUGGAAGCUAUAUGGAAUCAGAUCCUGUGAAAAUUGCUGUGGAAGGUGUGGACAGAUUUAGGAAAGAAAACUGUGAUCUUAUAAUUGUUGAUACUAGUGGGCGGCACAAACAAGAAGCUGCUCUUUUUGAAGAAAUGCGUCAAGUUUCAGAAGCAACGAAACCAGAUCUUGUUAUCUUUGUUAUGGAUAGCAGUAUUGGUCAGGCUGCUUUUGAUCAGGCCCAAGCAUUUAAACAGAGUGUUGCAGUUGGAGCUGUCAUUAUCACUAAAAUGGAUGGCCACGCAAAGGGUGGUGGUGCGCUUAGUGCUGUUGCGGCUACAAAGAGUCCUGUCAUAUUCAUUGGAACCGGAGAACACAUGGAUGAAUUUGAAGUUUUUGAUGUUAAACCAUUUGUCAGUCGUCUACUAGGUAUGGGAGACAUUUCUGGGUUCAUGGACAAAAUCCAUGAAGUUGUUCCUAUGGAUCAACAGCCCGAACUGCUUCAAAAGCUGUCAGAAGGAAACUUUACCUUGAGGAUUAUGUACGAGCAGUUUCAGAAUAUUCUUAAAAUGGGUCCCAUUGGCCAGGUUUUCUCUAUGCUACCAGGAUUUAGUUCUGAAUUAAUGCCAAAAGGCCGUGAGAAAGAAAGCCAGGCAAAAAUUAAGCGUUACAUGACAAUGAUGGACUCAAUGACAAAUGAAGAGUUGGACAGUUCAAACCCAAAGCUCAUGAAUGACUCACGAAUGAUGCGAAUAGCUCGAGGUUCUGGUCGGCAAAUUAGGGAUGUAAUGGAGAUGAUGGAAGAGUACAAACGUCUUGCAAAGAUAUGGAGCAAAAUGAAGGGGCUUAAAAUACCAAAGAAGGGAGAAAUGAGUGCCUUAUCCCGAAAUAUGAAUGCCAACCACAUGAGCAAAAUCCUCCCUCCACAGAUGCUAAAGCAAAUCGGAGGUAUGGGUGGGUUACAAAGCUUGAUGAAACAGAUGGGAUCUUCUAAGGACAUGAUGGGAAUGUUUGGUGGCGGUGGCGAUCAGUAGAUUCUUAAUCACAUAUGAGCUGAGGUUUGUUUCUGAUUACUUACUCUUGUGCUUCAUAAGAGUUAGAUUCGUCAUUGCGUAAUUUAUGCAGUUUUAAUUGGAUUCAGAUGCGCUGUUAACUAAUCUGCCAACUGCAUAAAUCUCAAUGGGUGGAAUGGUUCAUUACCUUGGCAGUUUUUUUCUAUGUAAAACUUUUUUACCUCUCUGUUUUUGUAUAUUUAUUAGUCUUCAGAUACAAGUGAAAACAUUUGUUGUGAAUCAGAAUUUUUCUUGAUCAGUGUAACAUUAAAAACUAAUUAUAAACUGGACCUCUCUUCAUAUAUUGGAAAAGGAGAAGAUUCCUACUCACAGGAGGUUUGUGUUUGCAA